AUUCUCUGAAAUACUGCCUUUAUUAUACUAAAUUUUAUAUGCAUAAAUUGAGUAUUGUAGGAGUUCGGUUGACUUGAAGGUUAGGUUAUACAUCCCCAUCUUUUUCGAACGAUUAAAAUAGCACGAACCACAAAAUGGUAUCGGCAACUAUCUGUGGUACCGUCACGUAAAUGCAGUCGGUUUAUAAGUGAUAUUAUUAGCAAUUUUAAACGAUUCGAUAAUAUCCGUUCGAAAUCGAUUACUAUUAAUAGUAAAUGCAUUGCCGUAUCAUUGCGCGGUUAUGGUUUCGGCAGCGAAGAAAUAACGCUUGGUCAUGCUCUGGCGCGUAUAAAAACGCGACAAUGAUAAUUGUAAUUCUAUAACGAUAUUAGCUUGCAUAUUAUUAACGCGGCGUUUUUGCGUGUCUGUGAAAAUGUACCUGCAUGAAAAGGCACAAUCGCGCGGCGUCUGAAGAAAUCGACCGCCGGAUUGCAUCUGAUGAAAACGCAGUUAAAAUUAGAACGAAAAAAACGCGGAUUAGCAUUUCAGGCUUGGCCGUACUUUCUUCUGUUUAUGAUCGUCGAGAAUGUUAUACUAUGGGUCGAGAGAAAACCCACAGCUAGGCUCAACGACACAGUGACGAGCUUGUCGCACGGUCUCAUUCAGGAAUGUGGAAGGCUACUGUUUCGCGGUUCGGAGAGCUACGCCUACUUCUACAUCUACGAGCACUUCCGGGUUUGCGACUUGCCGUGGAACCAACCGGUCACGUGGUACGUCGCGGCGCUCGGCGUCGAUUUUUGCUACUACUGGGUCCACCGGGCCUGCCACGAGGUCCACGUCCUCUGGGCUCAGCACCAAGUACACCACAGCUCUGAGGACUACAAUGUGGCGGUUGGUUUGAGACAGUCGCUGCUUCAGGGAUGGUGCGCGUUUGUCUUCUAUCUCCCUCUCGCUCUGGUCGUGCCGCCGUCUCACUUCGUCACUCACCAGCAGUUCAAUCUGCUAUUCCAAUUUUGGAUCCACACGGAGACCGUGAACACCUUGGGACCUCUGGAGUACGUGUUUAACACUCCGCGACACCACAGGGUCCAUCACGGCAGUAACAUUUACUGUUUGGACAAGAACUACGGGGGAGUGUUGAUAGUGUGGGACCGGUUGUUCGGCACCUUCGCCGACGAGCGUCAGGACGAGGAGAUCAUCUACGGAUUGGUUUACAAUCAGCCCUCCUUCAACCCGCUUCACCUCCAGACUUUUUACUCGGGCUACGUGUACCAGCGCUUCAGGGCGAUGGCCACGUGGAAACACAAGCUGGCGGCCGUUUUCUACGGUCCCAGCUGGGAGCCGGGCAAACCUCGCUUAGGGCUCGAACAAGACAAGGUGAAAGUGCUCAAAAGGGACAAGUACGACGUCAAGCUGCCCGGGUGGUGCAACGUCUACCUGCUCGUCCAUUUCGCGUUGAUAGUCUACGGCUUUCACGAGCUCGCGACCCGUCAUUUGGUGCUCAGUCCUUUGACGGUGCUCGCAUUCGUCGUCUACAUCAUAGGCUCGCUGACCAGCAUCGGGAUGCUGUUCGACGACCACCCGUACGCCUGCGUGUUUGAAGUGUUGCGGUGCAUGGUCUUGGUCGUGGCCGUGCAGAAGAUGGACUUCGCCGCCGUCGACCCUGCGACGCUGUUAUUCGCGGAAUGCUUUUUCCUGGUAUCGGCCAUGUUCUGGUUCCUCAGGAGCGUCAGGGUGGUCGACUUUUCCACGUCGACGAAGUACGACUGACGCGUGCCGGAUAUUUAAACAUUUCCAGUGAUAAUUUUCAUGUGAUGUAGCUUUUAAGGUUAUUUAUUUAUAAUGCGCUUAAAUAAAAUAGACGACUUUUCGA